AUGGAUUAUACCAAGGACUACACUUUGAGUGUCAUGGAUACUAUAAAUGAAAGCUAUAAAGUUAACCUAUCAUCUGAGGAUGUGCAACGUAUUUAUGAUCCUUGGAAACACUCGGUAAUCAUAAAGCUCUUAGUGAAGCGAAUUAUGCACCACUACCUAAGGAAGAAGGUACAAGAACAAUGGAAGAUAUCUGAGAACUUCCCCUUAAUCGAUCUAGGUACCGAUUACUACGUUGCUAAAUUCACAAAGGAAGAAAACCUAACUAAAGUCAUGCACCAAGGUCCUUGGUUCAUUAAUGGACAUUUGCUUUCAGUUCAAAGGUGGGUGCCAAAUUUUGUGGCAUCAGAAGCAAAGCCCCUCAAUACUACUAUAUGGGUUCGUCUCCCACACCUUCCGACCGAGUUUUACAAUGGUGUGAUCCUUAGAAAAAUUGGGAACACCAUUGGGAGAUUGCUAAGAGUUGAUGCAUGUACAUCGGCUACCCUACGUGGUCGCUAUGCUAGAUUAUAUGUGGAAAUCCACAUGGAACAACCAGUUAAAUCUUUUAUAUUCAUUGGGUCACACAAGCAGUCCAUCCAUUACGAAGGAGAGAAUUUUCUCCGCAAAAAAUAUAGUAGACUUGGUCAUAUUAGCCCACAUUGUCCUCACUCCAAGUCAGCAACGGUUCCAAAAGAAAAAGAAUUGCAGAGUCCCCAGAAGAACCAUCAAGAUCCAUGCAAUGAAAGUUGGGAGACAGUAUCGUUCAGCAGGCCCAAAAGCAGAGGCACGCGAUCUAAACUAAAUGAUGUUAAUGACUCAGAUACACCAGGUAGUAAUGUUAAGAUCUUCAAUGCUGACAGAUGUAAGUUUCUUCAAAACCAGAAAUUAAAGUUUGUAGAAAAAGAUACUUAUGAUAAAUCCUUAAAAUUUAAAGGUAUUAACAGUCCUUCAUCCGUUAUUAGUAAAGAUAACCACAUUCCCAUUAACAACAAAUUCCACUCUUUAUUCUUAACGCCCACAGAUUCCAUCUAUAACUAA